UCUUUCAAUUCUGACUUUAUUUUACUACAAAAAGACGCUCAGAUUCCACACUCCCGACAAAACCCAUUACGCCAAGCAAGCCUCAGCCACCUUAUCAUCUUCUUCUUAUUCUUUAUUUUCUCUAGAAAGAGACAGAAAAACUUGUACAUCAUUGACGAUCAAACAUCGGUUUUAAUAAUUUUCUGUUUCUGGGUAUAUGUUCAUCGUUUCUGAGAGACUGUGAUCUGUUGUAUUACAGCUAAACUGACUUUGGAAUACGCUUUUCCUUGUAAAAAAAUGGUGGGUAUUUUCUCAAGGUUUUCUGUUCGUAGAGUUGGCCAUAGACGAACCCAGAGUGCUCUUGAUGAGGGGGAAGUGUUGCCCCCAAAUCCAGACCUUACCAGGGCAGUCACUGCCACUGCUUCUGCUCCUCAUGGGAUUGAAGUAGCAGUAGAGUUUAAGCCAGUUGAGCACCCAAUUGAGCCGCUCGACAGCGAUCAACCAAUUCAGUGCCCACUACCUGAACCUUCAAUUCUUAACGAUGGAAGACUAUGGAAAGAGCGAGUAUCUGCAACUGUGAGGAGGAGGGCUGACUUGCCUGUAAUGAAAGAAGGUGGGGCCCUUGAAUCUGAAACGGCUGGGACAAAGCCUCGGCCAAUCCAGUCCAACAGAUUGAUUCUACCAUCCAUGAGUGCUCCUGAACAUAAUUUGCUAAAACUACUUGAAGAAUGUAGUGCAUCUGGGAUCUAAAACCUUGGUAUCAGUUUCUGAUUGGAAUGUAGGUUUACUUAAUUUCUAUACAUAAGUUGCAUGUUUUUUUUUUCAUUUUACAUCCUGAAUUAGCAAAAUCAUUUCCCACCCCACCACUCUUAAAGUAAAUUUAACACUUCACUUGGCAAUAAAAGUAUAUGCUUAAUGUUCUGAGCUUAUGUAACACUUUGAUGUCAAUGCUAAGUAAAUUGAAUCUCGGUGUCAA